CAUUCCUCCUCCGCCUCCCCCCAAUCCCUGUCAUCAUGCUGCACAAACUCCUCCGGCCGCAGAGCUCACUGCGUGGGGCCUCCUCUCUCUUUCAGAAACCCGUCUCCGCUCUCCCCCAGCGCCAAAUUCGAGGAAUCCACCGUGUGCCCCAAUUAACUCAUGACGCCUCCUUCAAGAAGAAGGGAAUCCCGGAACUGCUUUCCCCCGAAGCGGUGGACUUCGCGUGGACCCAAUACCAGACGCUUCUGAUCGACAAGUUGAACCUUUUGACGCAGGACACCGUUGACGCCAAUGUGCCCCCUGGAGAACUGCUGGUCAAGUACUCCCGGCGCCCGGAAAUGGCGUCCGUGUUCAACUACGCCUCGAUGGCCCACAACAACCACUUCUUCUUCAACUGCCUCUCCCCCGCUCCCACGCAGAUCCCCGACAAGUUCGCCAAAGACAUCAUCGACACGUGCUCCUCGGUCGAAUCGCUCAAGCUCGACUUCCUGGCCACCGCCAACGCCAUGUUCGGCCCUGGCUUCGUCUGGUUGGCCAAGAACCUGGAGCGCGAAGGCCUGAUGCACAUCUUCUGCACCUACAACGCCGGCUCGCCCUACCCGGCGGCGCACUCGCGGCGGCAGCCGGUCGACAUGUCGACCCACAGCCCCGACGCGCCCCUAGGCAACCAAUACGCCGGCGCCAUGGGCGCCCACUCGGCCAACGCCACGAACCAGAAGACCAUGGCCCCCGGCGCCAUCGACGUGCAGCCCAUCCUCUGCGUCAACACGUGGGAGCACGUCUGGAUGAUGGACUACGGCAUCGCCGGUAAGGCCGAGUACCUGGAGCGCUGGUGGGACCGGAUCAACUGGGAGGCGGUGUUUGCCAACUACACGGCGGUCAGCUCGGUCAAGGCGGCGCCUGGAGGGAACUGGAACCGCAACCUGAACAGCAUGGUCUGAGCGGGUUUGGGUUUACAAGUGUUUUAAUUUCCCUCAUGUCUGGAUAAUUGUAUUAUAUUCCAUGGUUUUGGUCAGGAUUUCUUUUUCCUCUUUCUCUUUCUAUAUCUAGUCUACUGUACAGCGAUUGGUAGAACAACG